GCAUUAGAGACUGUCGAGGUACAUCGGUUGUGUGAUACGUUGGAUCAAUAAUGUAUAUUAUACAUAUUUUCCGAAUCUCUCAACGAGUGCAACAUCGAAUUAUUAUAAUUAUAUCCGCAAAAAUAUCCAAACAUUACGACAAAAUUAUUUAAUCGUAGGCAUAAUGAUCUAUUUCGUGUGAACAUAACAACCACACAUCUGCAAUCGUCACUUUUCAUUAACAGCGCUACUACAAUGCAUUUUAUAACAAAUAAAACAUUUCGCAAAUUUAACUCAAACUUAUGUUGUAUCCAAACAGAGCAAAUACAUACUCGUUGCAAUGACGUGCUCGUCAAUCAAAAUAAUUUAUUUAACAAUAUUAUGGACAUUAACCUGUCCGUUGCUACACUGUUUCUCUUUGUUGAACCCAAGUUAUAUAGUUCUUUUGACGAGCAUCCAAACACUUCAAACUGCAUCUUUGACAUUAUCAGUGCCUGAAGAAAAUUACGACAAAAUAACCAAAAUUCUUAAAAAAAAUCCAAGUCUGUUAAAUAAAUUAAUUGAACAAGCUGAAAAUCCAAAGCCAAAAAUUGCAUUGGUACCUCAAGGUGGUCGGCUUACUAAUGGACUUUCAAGUUUUUUAUCUCGCCCUUAUUCUGGCUUAUCAACCAUUAAUAAUCCUGUAGCUGUAGCACUACCGACAGAAACCAUGAUUGGUGGUCAAAAAUUUGUAUUGACUAAUAGAGCAAGUUUAUAUGGAAAUUUAUUAAAAAAAUUAGGCUCAGCAAUAGUAUCGCCAGUAACAAAAUCAUUUAAUUAUUUUAAAAAUUUGGGAGAAACUCAAGAAAUUACAAAAAAUGCACUAAAAUUUAUUUCAAAUAAAGUUAAGAAUAACGAUAGAAAUCAAUUUGAAGAAGAAGAAGAAGAAGAAGAAGAAAAACCAAAAAAAUCUAAAAAUAAAAAUGCUAAAAAAGGCAAGAAAAAAAAGAGUUCUGAGAGCAAUGAGGACGAUGCAUCGAGUGAUGAAGACGAGAAACCAAAGGACAAACGUAAGAAAGGUGAAAAUAAAAAAGAUAAUAAAAAUAAAAAUAACAGUCCAGAAAAAAGCAGUGAAGAAAAAGAUAGUGAUGAGGACAAUAAAUCGAGUGACGAAGACGAGAAACCAAAGGACAAACGUAAGAAAGGUGAAAAUAAAAAAGAUGAUAAAAAUAAAAAUAACAGUCCAGAAAAAAGCAGUGAAGAAAAAGAUAGUGAUGAGGACAAUAAAUCGAGUGACGAAGGGGAAGAAAAUCCAGGCAGAAAAAAAGAUCCGAAAAAAAAGAAAAAUGAUGAUAAAAAUAAAAAUAACAGUCCAGAAAAAAGCAGUGAAGAAAAAGAUAGUGAUGAGGACAAUAAAUCGAGUGACGAAGACGAGAAACCAAAGGACAAACGUAAGAAAGGUGAAAAUAAAAAAGAUGAUAAAAAUAAAAAUAACAGUCCAGAAAAAAGCAGUGAAGAAAAAGAUAGUGAUGAGGACAAUAAAUCGAGUGACGAAGGGGAAGAAAAUCCAGGCAGAAAAAAAGAUCCGAAAAAAAAGAAAAAUGAUGGUGGUAAUAGUAAAAGCAAUGAUGAUAAAAGUGGUGAUACUGAUGAUGAUAACAGUGGUGAUACCGAUGAUGAUAAUAGUGGAAGUAGUAGUAAGUAACAUUAAGGAUACUGAAGAUUAGCUAUAUAUGACUUAUGAAUAUUGAAAAAAUAAAAGUCAUGAAGAUAAUAAUUAAAAUCAAAAUGAUAUACUAGCUGUGAAUAAAACGUAAACAAAAUGAUAAAACAUAUUAUAAUAUAAUGUAGGUAAUUUAUUAAAAAUAUUAUUGUUAAUAAAUGAAUAAUAUUAAUCCAUAAUAAUAAAAUAUAUGUCUUAACUUUUGAUGCGAAAUAAAUUUUGUCAUAAAAAGAACGGCUUUCGUAUUAAACUAUAUACUAUAUAAUCACAAUCAAAUGUUCAAAACAUUUUGUAACAAAUUCAAAAUUAUGUAAUAUAAUUUUCUA